CUGCUUUGCAUUGAUUUCAGUUUCACUCUGAGUUUCCAUUUCCCCCAUUAAGAAAACAGACACACAUGCCACGUAGCUGCCAAAAAGAGCCUGUGACUGUUGGGCUGGUGAGCAGGGGAUGCCAGCAGAGCUGGAGCCACUCAGCCUGGGGCCGGAUUUCAUCACCAUUCUGUUAUGCAGUGGUGGAAUUUCCUAGUAAACAAUAUAUAAAGGAAAGGUUCUGGGGUGGAGAGUAGUCGCUUUUGCUGGUGAAGUUCAAAUUGGCUACAACCCCUGUCGCCUCCGGAAAGGAACAGUUCAGCUCUGAAGAAAGGAACUGACUGACCUAAGUCAAGCUUCAGCAGGAGCUUUUUGAAGAUCUAAUUGGAGGAGCUUCCAGUUUACUUAUUUCAGGAAGUUACAAAGGCUGACCCAUGGGUAAAAACUAAGAGAGAAAUGAGCUUCUUCCUGUUCUUCAGAGCUCAGGACUGGAGCUAAAAAUGACAGAAGCUUCAUUAUUUGGCAAAUGUAUUGUUCAUCCACGUUGCUCUUUUGGUCGAUCAGAAAACAACUGAAUUUCACAUCAGAAGAUCUCUGAGUAAGAGGAAAAAGAUCCUUCAGAAGACAGUCCAAGAUGGACAAUGACACUUUUCCAACCUAUGAUGUUUUAAUAGAAGAUGACUUCAGUGAUGACAUGAUAGAAAAGUGUCAUAAAUAUGAUGAUAAAGUCUUUGCAGCACAAGUUCUGCCCCCAUUUUAUUCCUUGGUAUUUAUACUUGGUAUGGUAGGCAAUGCACUCCUUAUGCUAAUCUUGGUCAAAUACAAAGGACUCAAAGAGUUGGUGGACAUCUUUUUCCUGAACACAGCUGUCUCUAAUUUUCUUUUCUUGAUCACACUCCCUUUCUGGAUUCACACUGCAAGACACAGCUGGGACCUGGGAGAUACAAUGUGUAAAAUGAUUUCUGGAUUCUACUUAGUAGGCUACUAUGGGUACAUAUGUUUCUUGGUACUUUUGAUUAUACACAGAUACCUGGCAAUUGUCCACGUGGGAAGAUUUCACUUAGCUGCCAAGAAGACAACCUAUGUCAUCAUUGCAAGCGCAUGGGGACUAGCUAUACUAGCUGCUUUACCAGAAUUUGCAUUUUCCCAAGUUCAAACAGAAGACAGAGAUUAUAUCUGCCACUUUGUUCGGCCUUAUUAUCCUCUAGGGGAUGAAAAAUUCUGGAAAUAUUUCCUGACUUUAAAGAUGAACAUUUUGGGACUUCUCACCCCACUGUUUGUUGCUAUCUUUUGCUAUUGGAGAAUUAAAAAAACAUCAAGAUACAAGGAGAAGAAGUACGGACUUCUUAAACUUAUUUUUCUCAUGACACUUGUUUUUAUGGGGUUGUGGACACCUUACAAUUUAGUGCUUUUCCUUAAGACUUUUCAAGAGCACUUGAACCUGAAUGAUUGUGAGAACAGGUAUCACCUGGACAGAGCAAUCCAAGUAACCAAAAUUAUUGCUAACACUCACUGCUGCAUUAAUCCUGUAGUCUAUGGAUUUCUAGAUGAAACAUUUCGCAAACGCUUCUAUUGCCUUUUCCAUCUCCAAAAUAACACUGAAUGUCAUUUGAGGGAGGCACCAGAUCAGCAAUCACCAACAAAAGGACAGCUGUACAAUUCGACUACAUUUUAAACUAUAUUCAGCGUAGGCUAAAUAAAGUUUCCCUUGAUUUCAUGUA